AUGGAGCAGAAGCUAAGACACUUUCUUGACAACUCGAACUUCAGGAAGGAUCGAAGAAAGAGGAAGAAUGCGCCAAAAGCAAGCAAGUGCAAGGAUGACCAGGGGCCUGAGGAGGUCUUGACGAUUAGAAAUGGAGAGAUAGUUGUGAACGAGGCAAGCAUGUACGUUAACACACACAGGAAUGCUGAUAUGGAGGUGAUGGAGGAUGACAGGAUAGUGACGUCUUCAACGUUUAGCAAGAGGAAAGGAGCGUUGAGAUGGAGCAAGAAGGAGAUAGAGCUGUUCUACAAGGCGUUGGAGAUAUGCGGGAUUGAGUUUUCGUUGAUAAGCUCGCUGUUUCCGAAUAAGGAUAGGAAGCAUGUGAAGGCCAAGUAUAUCAAGGAGGUGAAGGCGAAUCCAGAUAGGAUUAAUGAGGUGCUGAAUGAGUGCAAGACAUUUGACCAAGCAGCAUACAAUGAUCUUAGAAGCUAUCUUGAUGAAUAG